AGAAGACACGCGGCAUACGUGUAAUCGAUGUUUUCUUGUCGCUAAGUAUCGAUAUAUUUAGAGCAACAACAAUAUUAAUAACAACAAGCAGGGAGGCAUAUUUAUUUACAAAAUAAUUUGUUUAAUGUGUUUCGUUGACGCUUUAUGCGAAUUGAAGCCAAAUACAGAACAACAACAACAAAAGUUAUGCGUGAUUGAAUAAAUGUGUUGAAUGCCGCAGUGCUGAUUCGUUAAAAACAAACAAACAGCAACAACAACGAUAGCAGCAGUAGCCAGCAAAUAGAUUCAAUUUUAAUUGAAAUUUAUUUAUCAACGCCGAGGCUGAGGCCGUCGGAUGGAAUGUGAACGAUAUACCUAUACUGCCAAGCAAAUGUCACAGUGAAGCUUCCAGUUAGCGUCGCAACGUCCCCUCUGAUGAAUCUUUUAAUUAACUCAGCUCAAAGAUGGGCUCGUGUCUGACUUGAUGGACAAGAGACGUAGAAGAAAAAGCAAAUAGAACGCAUGAAAUGUGGUAAAUUUAAAGCCAUAAAUAUAUAGAUAUUAAUUGACAGCAAUAAAUGUGCCCAAUACAAUUGAAUCGACGGAGGCAAGCGAUCAAUCGUCGACAGCAGCUGCAGAGGAACGAAACGGAUCGAAGAUCGAAGCGCAAAAAUGGAAGCCGAAAUGAAUUUGGACUUGAACAAUGAGAAGAAAGUGCUAUGCGAGAAGAUCAUUCGGGACAUAAAUGCUGUAUUUCUCAAGGAUGCCGAUUUAUCCUCAUUUGAGAUCAUACCCAAGGAAACGAAUUGCAAUAAGUCACCGGUGGUGCAUGUGGAUCACAACUUGGGCUUGGAGUCGUGGUGCGCUCAGCAUGUCUACGAUCAUGCGCAUCGCAUUCUUAUCUCUCACCGCAAGCAAACGAUGCAACAACAAUUGCGCACACUGCAGCAGCAACAGCAGAGCGAUUCGCUGGCCAAGUAUUUGAAUGUGGCACUAUUGAUCAAUCCGGAUGUGACGACCUUUUGGCACAUACGCCGCCAGCUGGUGCAAAAGAAUCGUUUAAGUAUCAACAAGGAGCUGCAAUUCUCAGCGCUGGUGUUGUCCAUCAAGCCAAAGUCAAAUGAGGCGUUCGCCUAUCGGCGCUGGCUCUACUCCUUUCAAAGCGCCGAUGCCAUCGACUGGCCACAUGAGAUUAGCAUUUGCGAACGUGCCGCUGAUCGCUGUGCGAGCAAUUAUCACGCCUGGUCGCAUCGUCAGUGGGUGUUGCAGAAUGCCCCGCCCUGUCUGCUGCAAUCGGAGCUGAUGCGGACGGAGAAGUUCAUACGCAAGCACAUAACCGACUACAGCAGCUAUCAUUAUCGCCAGCUGCUGCUGAGUCGGGCUUACGAACAGUGCUUCCACAUGGCCGACGAAUCGCAGCCACCGUGGAACAGCUUGCGUGAGCUACUCGAACAUUAUGAGCUGACUGCAGAGUCAGUUAAUGGGCAAGAUAAUGCUGAUGGGGAGGCUGCUGCAGAAUCAUUGCUGCAGCUGCUCUUGCCUAAUCUAAAUCGCAAUGGAGUCAGCGCCCAGCGGCUUCGCUCCUUUCUCUAUUGCUGCAACGUUGCUGCCAGCGAUAUGCGCUUGUGUGCCGAGCAGCGGGAAUUGUAUGGAGUACACGAUUGCUUUGAGCUGCAUCGGCGCGCCUCGCUCAAGUUCAUUGUGGAGCAGUGUCUGCGCUUGCUGACGGGCCUUGCCAACGGCCCCGGCCUGUAUCUAGCGCCCCACAGCGUUAGCCAAACAAACGAGCUGCGCAAAUUUGAUUGUGAAUCGCAUCCGUUUCUUGUCGCAGUGCGCCGUAUCGAGUUCCAAUUGGGGGACAAGCACAUGCGCUGGUGCAAGAUGCAUCUCAAUUUUGCCAAUCAGGAUCAGGGCCAGAACUAAACACAGAUCCUGACCCAAUUGUGCAAUUGUUCAAUUGUUAUUUCCACUUUGUUUCUGUCUAAAUGUGCCGUAUACGCAAUGCACUCAUGGAGGCUGUUUCGUUCUCUCAGCCAGAAUCGAAAACAAUUAUAAGAACAUUUAUAUAUAUAUAUAUAUAGCUUAUGUAUAGAUGAAAAGUAGUGCUCGUUACGUAGCGUCUACGAUUGUGGACCACCUGAACGGAGGUUCCCCGAACCCCCCUUUAAUAGAAUACCUUGUCUACUUGUUAAGGCUCAGCUCAAAGCGAAACAUUUAUCAAAUAUCUGUAUUCCAAACUGAACAACAUUUGUUAGAUUUAAGUCGAUAUAUAAUAUAUAUAUAGACGUCUUAUUUUAGUGCAUGCAAAACAAAUAUAUAUAUAAAUCUAUUUGUGCAUGCAAUAAAAGAUUUCUUCUGCAUUUCAAUUUAAUUUAAACAAAGUUCAACAAUAUAUUAAAUGCUCUCU